CCUCAAGAACCAGUGGUUACACGUGCUAUCGCUUAUAGACGUUCACAGACUGAAUUAGAAGGAUAUCGUGCUAAAUUAGAUAGUCGUGUUGAAGAAAUACGUGAAUUAAAAAAAGCAUUGAAAUCACGUGCGGAUGAAUUAAGUGAAAUGUCUGUACGUGUUGGUUUAGCUGAGAAAAAUUUAGAAACGAUUGGCAAAGCAAAUGAAGAGUAA